CUUCCCACUUUUCUCUACGCUUCUCACCUUCGGAAGCGUAGUUUUCCACUUUCACAGAGCCAGGGGGUUACGCCAUCAGAUCCCAUCGCAGCUUUUCUCAUUCCUUUACUUUCCGAAACGACGCAGUCAGGAUAGUGUUCCAUUGCCAUGGCUGCCACUGCAACUGCCUCUAGUGGUCCUCGAUAUGCCCCGGAGGACCCCACUCUUCCCAAACCAUGGAGAGGAUUGGUUGAUGGUAAAACUGGGUAUCUUUACUUUUGGAACCCCGAGACUAAUGUUACCCAAUAUGACAGGCCUACGGGCUCAGCUCCUCCGUUAAAGCCGUCUUCGGCACAAUCUAUAAGUUCUUCAGUUCAUGUUCAACAAUCUUCACAAGGACGUCGUCCUGAUGAGGGAGAUGAUAGGUAUGGCAGAGGCAGCAAUGGUGGGUCAAAAUUUGACUCUGGACCAAGAAAUCAGCAGAGUGCAAGAAGUGCAACAGUUUCUUCUCAUAAUAUUCCGAAUGGGACACUUAGUGCACUUGGAGGAUCUUCUCUGAGAGGAAAUGGAUCAUCAGACACUGGAAUUGGUUUGUCUGCUGAGGCUUAUAGUCGUCGACAUGAAAUAUCUGUUAUUGGUGAUAAUGUGCCUCCACCCUUCACUUCAUUUGAAGCUACUGGCUUCCCAUCCGAGAUUCUUAGAGAGGUACAAAAUGCAGGUUUUUCUUCCCCAACUCCAAUUCAGGCACAGUCUUGGCCGGUUGCUCUUCAAAGUAGAGAUAUAGUAGCCAUUGCUAAAACAGGUUCAGGGAAGACCUUGGGGUAUUUACUUCCUGGAUUCAUCCAUCUCAAGCGCAGCCGUAAUGACCCUCAGUUGGGUCCCACUGUGUUGGUGCUAUCACCAACAAGGGAGCUGGCAACACAGAUUCAAGAUGAGGCAGUGAAGUUUGGGAAGUCCUCAAGGAUAUCUUGUGUGUGUUUGUAUGGAGGAGCUCCAAAGGGUCCACAAUUGAGAGAUAUUGACCGAGGAGCUGAUGUUGUGGUUGCCACUCCUGGCCGCUUGAAUGAUAUUCUUGAAAUGAAGAGAAUCAGCCUCCAUCAAGUUUCGUACUUAGUGUUGGAUGAGGCUGACCGUAUGCUGGACAUGGGUUUUGAACCUCAAAUAAGGAAGAUUGUGAAUGAGGUACCUGCUCGCCGCCAGACCCUAAUGUAUACAGCAACUUGGCCGAAGGAGGUUCGCAAGAUUGCAGCAGAUCUGCUGGUCAAUCCUGUUCAGGUUAACAUUGGCAAUGUUGAUGAACUGGUUGCGAAUAAAUCCAUCACGCAGUAUAUUGAAGUACUCGCCCCAAUGGAGAAACACAGGCGGCUGGAGCAAAUAUUGCGAUCUCAAGAGCCAGGAUCCAAAAUAAUAAUCUUUUGUUCAACCAAGAAGAUGUGCGAUCAACUUUCUCGCAACCUAACCCGCCAGUUUGGAGCUGCUGCAAUUCAUGGUGACAAAUCUCAGAGUGAGAGGGACUACGUGUUGAAUCAAUUUCGCUCUGGGAGGACUCCAAUUCUUGUAGCAACUGAUGUUGCAGCUCGAGGAUUGGACAUCAAGGACAUAAGGGUGGUUAUCAACUACGACUUCCCCACUGGAGUGGAGGAUUAUGUUCACAGAAUUGGGAGAACUGGAAGAGCUGGUGCCACUGGGCUGGCUUACACAUUCUUCGGUGAUCAGGAUUCAAAGUACGCAUCAGAUCUCAUCAAAGUUUUGGAAGGGGCAAAUCAGCGUGUCCCCCCAGAAAUUCGUGAGAUGGCUACCCGUGGUGGUGGGAUGAACAGGUUCAGACGUUGGGGUUCUGGGUCUGGUGGCCGUGAUGGGGGUCGUGGUGGACGAAAUGAUUCAAGUUAUGGUGGAAGGGAUGGUGGGAGGGGAGGUGGAUGGGGAUUUACUCCCUCAUCUGGCAGGUAUGACCGUGGUCACAACAAUGGGUAUGAUAGAGGCCGAAGCCCUGACAAGGGGUCAGGACAUAGAGGCUCUAACCGCAGCCGUAGUCGUAGUCUUGAGAGGUUCGACAAGGCUCUGCCUACAGGUGGAGGCUCUGCAGGGUGGAGUUUUCACAAAGCAAUGAUGGAACGUGAACGGUCAUCGCCGCCACCUCCACGGUCACUCCCGUAUGGUGGUGGGGUGGAUGAAGCUGAGGAAGGUAUGAUACCUCAAGAAGAGGAGGGUGGGUAUCAUAUUGCAAAUGCAUAACUUCAGCUAUCCUAUAGGGGGGGGAACAUAUGCUCUGCUGCUGGCUGUCCUUUUUUUGGUGUUUCGGCAGUGUUCUGUAGGGGCAAGCUUUACAAAGCGCAACCAGGAUGUGACAGUUUGACUUUUGAUUUUUGAUUUUUGAUUUUGAGGUGGGCUAAAAACUCUUGAUGUUAAACCUCUUCAUCCCUUGCUGAAACGAACCUCUUGUCUCCUGGUCUCCAUUUUUGUUUGUGUUAAUUUUUGGGUAGAAAAGAAAGGGCACAAAAGAAGAUGUAGCACUUGUUAGCCAAAUAUUUAUAAAUGUAGUCAAGAUGUAGUUCUAUGAAAUGCAGUUUUAUAUAGUGAUUAAUUAUCAGCAAGUUUAUGAUC